GAAGAACCAUAUGACUUAAGCAGUCAGCCCCCAACUUUCUAAAUAUUUUUAGUUUCUAAUUUAAGAAAACUUACAAUGGCUGCUUCCACCAUGGCUCUCUCCUCUCCUUUCGCAGGCCAAGCAGUGAAAACAAGUCCCUCAAGUUCUGAGCUUUUCGGAAAUGGACGGGUUUCCAUGAGGAAGACUGCAGCUGCCAAGAAGGCUGCGCCAUCAGGAAGUCCAUGGUACGGCCCUGACCGUGUCAAGUACCUAGGCCCAUUCUCCGGCGAGGCUCCAUCAUACCUGACCGGUGACUUCCCAGGUGACUACGGCUGGGACACCGCCGGACUUUCUGCUGAUCCAGAGACAUUUUCCAAGAACCGUGAGCUUGAGGUCAUCCACUGCAGAUGGGCAAUGCUUGGAGCUCUUGGCUGCGUCUUCCCUGAGCUCUUGGCCCGUAAUGGUGUGAAGUUCGGUGAGGCUGUAUGGUUCAAGGCUGGAUCCCAGAUCUUCAGUGAAGGUGGGCUUGAUUACUUGGGAAACCCUAGUUUGGUCCAUGCUCAGAGCAUCUUGGCUAUCUGGGCCACCCAAGUCAUCUUGAUGGGUGCUGUUGAGGGCUACAGAAUUGCCGGUGGACCAUUGGGUGAGGUUGUUGACCCACUUUACCCUGGUGGUAGCUUCGACCCAUUGGGCCUUGCAGAUGAUCCAGAGGCUUUUGCUGAGUUGAAGGUGAAGGAGAUCAAGAAUGGGAGACUGGCUAUGUUCUCCAUGUUUGGGUUCUUUGUUCAAGCCAUUGUCACAGGAAAGGGGCCGUUGGAGAACUUGGCUGACCACCUUGCUGACCCUGUUGCAAAUAACGCCUGGUCUUAUGCUACAAACUUUGUCCCCGGAAAGUGAAUGUACUAAAUAAGGGUUUUGAUGUAAAAUGAUUUGUGAAUUAAUAUAUAGCUAUUUUUGGACUGCA